CUGUUUAGCGGUUUUUACUUUCGUUCUUCGUCGUCAACUGGUUGCGUUCUUGUUAAUCCCGCUGAUGAUUCGUGCUGAAUUUGGUCUGUAACAGAGCCACCACCACCACCGCCACCACCAUCACCACCACCAUUCCUCCUUUCAUUUUAAUUUUCUAAUUACUUUAGCGCCGUCUCAGAAGCAGCGCUCGACCUACCGUCAGCGCUCCGUCGGCCGUCCGCCGGCACACCCGAGCACGAUUAGGCUCUGGUUUCUCCGUAAUCGAGGUCCCAAAUUUCCCGAUCUUCAAAACCUAGCUGCCGAAUUGCAUCGUAAGAACUCAAUCUCCGGUCCGCUCCACCUACUGAUGUAUUGUUCGUUCCACCAAUUAGAGUUGUGCACUUCAAGACCUUCAAGACCGGGUUAACCUGUGAAGCAUGGAAUCAUCCGCUGGUUGUCUAAGGGAUACUUCUGUUGUUGUUGUCACAUUGGAGUCAAGUGAAGUGUAUAUUAUCGUCAGUUUGUCUACUAAGACUGAUACUCAGGUUAUCUAUAUUGAUCCGACAACUGGGGCUCUUCGUUAUUCUGCAAAGCAGGGUUAUGAUGUUUUCAAGUCCCAAAAAGAAGCAUUAGAUUAUGUCACCAAUCAUUCAAAAUGGCUUUGCAAGAGUAUAACAUAUGCAAGUGCUAUAUUAGGCUAUGCAGCACUUGGCAGCUACGCUGUAUUGCUGGUAGCAACAAGAUUGACUGCCGGUAUACCAAAUUUGCCCGGUGGAGGAUGUGUUUACUCUGUAACUGAGAGCCAGUGGAUUAGAGUUUCACUCCAGAAUCCUCAACCACAGAGUAAAACCGAAAUUAAGAAUGUUCAAGAACUGACUGAGUUUGACAUAGAUGGGAAACAUUACUUCUGUGAAACUAGGGACAUAACUCGACCCUUUCCAAGUCGUAUGCCAGUGCAGAACCCUGAUGAUGAAUUUGUGUGGAAUAAAUGGUUCUCCGUGCCUUUCAAAAACAUUGGGCUUCCCCAGCAUUGUGUCAUUCUUCUGCAGGGAUUUGUUGAAUCCAAAACUUUUGGUAGCCUUGGGCAGCAGGAGGGGGUUGUUGCACUCACUGCUCGUCGUAGUAGGUUGCAUCCUGGAACUCGGUACCUAGCCAGGGGUUUAAACUCAUGUUAUAGCACAGGCAAUGAAGUUGAGUGUGAACAACUUGUUUGGGUUCCCAAAAGAGCUGGUCAAAGUGUUCCAUUCAGUACGUAUAUUUGGCGUAGAGGCACCAUUCCUAUGUGGUGGGGUGCUGAAUUAAAGCUUACUGCUGCAGAAGCAGAAAUAUAUGUAUCGGAGCGUGAUCCUUAUAAAGGAAGUGCUCAGUACUAUCAGAGGUUGUCUGAAAGAUAUGAUGCACGAAAUUUGGAUGCAGCUGUUGGUGGUAGUCAGAAAAAAAGUGCUUUGGUUCCAAUCGUAUGCGUCAACUUAUUAAGGAACGGAGAAGGGAAAUCAGAAUGCAUUUUAGUUCAGCAUUUUGAAGAAUCCUUGAAUUAUAUUCGUUCCACUGGAAAACUUCCUCAUACUCGAAUUCACUUGAUAAAUUAUGAUUGGCAUGCCAGUGUAAAAUUGAAAGGUGAACAGCAAACAAUUGAAGGACUAUGGUAUCUUCUAAAGGCACCCACAGUUUCUAUUGGCAUUGCUGAGGGCGAUUAUUUACCUACUCGCGAAAGGAUUAAGAAUUGCAAAGGUGAAAUAAUCUUGAAUGAUGACUAUGAUGGCGCCUUCUGCUUAAGAUCACAUCAAAAUGGAGUAAUUCGUUUCAAUUGUGCGGAUUCUUUGGAUAGAACAAAUGCUGCUAGUUUCUUUGGUGCUCUCCAGGUUUUUAUGGAGCAGUGUAGACGGUUAGGCAUAUCACUUGACAGUAAUAUGGCUUAUGGUUAUCAAUCAGCUGGUAACAAUGCUGGAUAUGUUGCUCCGUUGCCUCCUGGCUGGGAGAAACGGUCUGAUGCAGUGACUGGGAAAGCAUAUUAUAUUGAUCAUAACACUAGGACUACAACCUGGAGUCAUCCUUGUCCAGAUAAACCGUGGAAAAGAUUUGAUAUGACCUUUGAGGAGUUUAAGAGAUCAACAAUCUUAUCACCUGUAUCUCAGUUAGCUGAUCUAUUCUUAACUGCUGGUGAUAUUCACGCAACCUUAUAUACGGGUUCCAAAGCCAUGCACAGCCAAAUUCUUAGCAUUUUUAACGAGGAAGCAGGAGGCAAGUUUAAACAGUUCUCUGCUGCACAGAAUAUGAAAAUCACCCUACAGAGAAGAUAUAAGAACGCAGUUGUAGAUAGUUCGCGUCAGAAGCAAUUACAGAUUUUUCUGGGACUAAGGCUCUUCAAACAUUUUCCUUCAGCCAUGAUACAUCCUUUACAUGUUCCUUCUCGGCCUUUCGGAUGCUUUUUGAAGCCAGUUCCAAGCAUGUUUACAUCUUCUGAUGGUGGAGCCAGUCUUCUGAGUUUUAAAAGAAAAGACCUUAUAUGGGUUUCUGCACAUGCUGCAGACGUGGUUGAACUCUUUAUCUAUCUUGGCGAGCCUUGCCAUGUUUCUCAGCUUCUUCUCACUGUUGCGCAUGGUGCUGAUGAUACUACUUUUCCAUCAACAGUUGAUGUGAGAACUGGGCGCUAUUUGGAUGGACUUAAACUUGUUCUUGAGGGAGCUUCUGUACCUCAAUGUGCAAAUGGUACAAACAUUGUGAUACCAUUAACAGGACCAACCAGUCCUGAAGAUAUGGCUGUCACUGGGGCAGGUGCACGUUUACAUGCACAACAGCCCUCUAACCCGUUCAUGUUAUAUGAUUUUGAAGAACUGGAGGGAGAACUUGAUUUUCUUACUCGUUUCGUAGCGGUAACAUUUUACCCUGCUGUGCCUGGAAGAGGCCCAAUGACACUUGGUGAGGUAGAGAUCCUUGGAGUUUCUCUUCCAUGGAGGUCAUUAUUUUCUCAUGGCGACGGUGCUGCUAGAUUUAUUGAACACGUAAAUGGUCAAACAAAAGAAAUAAACCCUUUUCUGUCCGAAACAAAUUCCAAUACAUUAGCUGCUGUCGUAACAAAUGAUAGAAAGCCUCCAUCAUUGCAGUCAGAAUCAUCAGCCAUCCCGUUGAUUGACCUUCUGACUGGAGAAGUAAUACUUCCAGACUCUAAUUCUCAGCCAGUUGCAGAAAGUGUUGUUCACGAGGGGAGUGACUUACUUGACUUCUUGGAUGAUGUUGUCACUCAGCCAGUUUCUGGUGGAAUGAACCAGUCCAAGAAUGUUUCAUCCCAAGGACCUUCAGAUAAUGGUUCUCAACAAUAUAUUAGAUUGUUCAAACUUUUAGCUGGGCCUGACUGGCAGGAUAGAAGUUUAGAUUUCAUGGAAUCUAUGAAGCUGGAAAUAGAGCGUUUUCGGCUUAAUCUUUCUGCUGCUGAAAGGGAUAGAGCCCUCUUAUCAAUAGGCAUUGAUCCUGCUAGCAUAAAUCCACAUAUGUUGCUCGAGGAUUCAUAUAUGGGACAACUAUACAAGGUGGCAAGCUCCCUUGCAUUGCUUGGGCAGGCUUCAAUAGAAGACAAAAUUACUGCUUCAAUUGGGCUUGGAACAUCUGAUAAAAAAUCGGUUGAUUUCUGGAACAUUACUGCAAUUGGGGAGAGGUGUUCAGGUGGUGCAUGCCAAGUUCUUGCUGAAACUGGGCAUGCUGCUGGUGCAUCCUUGACGUCAUCAUCUUCAAUGACUUCGGAAUCCAUUUUUGUCUGUACUGAAUGUAGAAGAAAGGUUUGCAGAGUUUGUUCUGCAGGUAAAGGAGCUCAUCUGCUUGCAUCUUAUAACUCAAAGGAGAAUUCAGCUUACAAUGGUGUAACUAGCCAAGGAGGAUCAGUCCAUGGAAAUUCGGCUGAUGCAUCUUCAAAUCACUCAGCAACCCUUGAUGGGGUUAUGUGUAAAUCAUGCUGCAAUGAAGUUGUCCUUGAUGCACUGAUUUUGGACUAUGUUAGGGUCUUGAUUAGCCAACGGAGAAGAACUAGGGCGGGUGACGCUGCAGAGAAAGCACUCUUCCACGUAUUUGGAUUGUCUUCGAGAAAUUUAAUUCCUGAAAGAGACGAAUUUCUAAAGAGUCAAGGAACUGCUACUAAGGUCUUAGAGAAGUUAACAGAUGGAGAAGAAUCGCUUGCAGAGUUUCCAUUUGCCAGCUUUCUACACCCGGUUGAGACAGCAGCAGGUUCAGCACCCUUGUUAUCAUUGGUUGCUCCUUUAAAUUCUGGGUCACAAGAAUCUUACUGGAGAGCACCCCCUAGCAUCUCGUCUGUGGAAUUUGUCAUUGUCCUCAGCGAUAUUUCUGAUGUCUCUGGUGUUGUCCUUCUGGUUAGUCCAUGUGGCUAUUCGAUGUCCGAUGCUCCUACUAUACAAAUCUGGGCUAGCAAUAAAGUAGACAAGGAAGAGAGAACAUGCACAGGGAAAUGGGAUAUGCAGUCUCUGGUUACAUCUUCAUCCGAACUUUGUGGUCGAGAAAAGUCACUUCAAGACGGCAAAUUGCCUAGACAUGUCAAAUUUGCCUUCAGGAAUCCUGUCAGAUGCCGCAUCAUUUGGGUGACCAUGCGUCUCCCAAGACUUGGUUCUAAUUCUGUCAACAUUGAAAGAGACUUCAAUCUUUUUUCCAUGGAUGAAAAUCCCUUUGCGCAAAUCGACCGGCGUGCGUCCAUUGGUGGAGAAAUUAAUAGUGAUCCAUGCAUUCAUGUGAAAAGAAUUCUAGUGGUUGGCAAAUCUGUUGGAAGAGAAAUAGUGUCGUCCUCACAAGGUUCUGACCAAGUAAAUGUGAAAAACUGGUUGGAGAGAGCUCCACCACUGAACCGAUUCAAGAUUCCAAUUGAGGUCGAAAGAUUAAUAGACAAUGAUCUUAUUCUGGAACAAUUUCUACCACCAGCUUCACCUAUGCUUGCUGGAUUUCGUCUGGAUGGUUUCAGUGCAAUAAAGCACCGAGUUAACCACUCGCCUGCUUCAGAUGUAGAUAUAGAUGGUAGUAACUCUCUUUUAGACGAGAGGCUCACAAAUCCUGCCGUGCUCUAUAUUCAAGUCUCCGCCCUCCAGGAGUCCCACAAUAUGGUCACUGUUGCAGAGUAUCGUCUACCAGAAGUCAAAGCAAACACACCCAUGUACUUUGACUUCCCUCGCCAGAUAAGCACUCGUCGUGUAACAUUUCGGCUACUUGGAGAUAUUGCUGCAUUUUCCGAUGACCCGUCAGAACAAGAUGACUCGGAAUUCAAAGCUUAUCCAUGGGCUGCAGGGCUGUCUUUGGCAAACAGAGUUAAGUUGUACUAUUAUGCCGAUCCUUACGAAUUGGGGAAAUGGGCCAGUCUUUCUGCUGUCUGAUUAACACACAUCCAACUCUCUGCACUGAAAAAAGGCGAAUUCUUGAGAAUCUCAUUUUAUUUCGGUAUAGUACGUUUCUAUUUUCUUUGCUUGAUUGUUCGAACAUUAGAGUUGGGAAUGCUGCCAUUUUUUUGUAAAUUAGCAAUUUGUGAUUCUUCUUGUUUAUGGUCUUGAGUUUAUGUAAUCGAAUUAUUCAUUUUUUUUUUCUUUCUUUUUUUCGUCUUAAAUGUGUAAUGUUGUAUAAAGUAUAAAACCGACAUCCUUCGUUUGGUGCGAUGUUGCCUGCAUUUUACCUGGUGUUUUUGCAAAUGGAAUGUAGGAAACUACGGUCUCUUGAUUUCA